GUUUGUAGGAAGUCAUGUGAGCCGGGGACAUAUGGCGGCUUCAACCCAUUACUUUCGUUAAAAACACUGCGAUGUGGUAGUGUCAUCAUUCUGGAGGAAAUAUCGCGACUAAUAUUGCUAUCUUCUGAUGUCAUCUCGUUUCACUGGAUCGUUUACUUUGAGUGAUUUAAUUACAGAGACGUGUUGAACUAAGGAGUGUUAUUUUACAUUGCCUCUCAUCCACUGACAUCGCUGUCUCAGUUUAAUAUCGCAAACAAGCAGGUCCAGUUAUUUUAUAAGUGAUGCAUAUCAUGAAAGUCCGGCGUUUAUGUUGAUGUCGAAACAGAUUUAGUAUCGCCGUCUCGUCUGUUAUAAACAAAACGAGUGAAUGAUGAUCCAAAACUCGCGGAUGAAAAAUUGAUACAUUUAUUCUUCGAUACAUUAGUAAGUGUCAUCUAAUAAUUAAACUGUUCCUCUUCAUUGGAAAAUUCGCUUAUUAGUUUUCAAAGACCAUCUUUAGUUAUUGAUUUACUGAUCUAUGCGUGAUAGUUAGAAAAAUGAAUACAGAAAAGGAUUUUUCUCCCUUGACUCCAAACAUUGUGCGAGCCCUCAACGACAAGCUGUACGAGAAGAGGAAGGUGGCAGCGCUUGAAAUCGAAAAGCUUGUACGGGAAUUUGUAGCCCAAAACAACUCUGCUCAGAUCCGACAUGUCAUUCAGAUUUUGGCCGCAGAGUUCGCGCUUUCCCAGCACCCUCACAGCAGGAAAGGGGGUCUCAUUGGUUUGGCCGCAUGCUCUAUUGCCUUGGGAAAAGAUUCCGGAUUGUACCUAAAGGAACUCAUUGAUCCGGUUCUUACGUGUUUCAAUGACUCUGACAGCCGUCUCCGGUACUACGCCUGUGAGGCACUGUACAAUAUAGUGAAGGUUGCAAGGGGGGCGGUGCUGCCCCACUUUAAUGUGCUGUUUGAUGGACUUAGCAAGCUUGCUGCCGAUCCAGACCCGAAUGUAAAGAGUGGGUCAGAGCUCCUGGACCGGCUUCUUAAGGACAUUGUAACUGAAAGCAACAAAUUUGACCUAGUUGCUUUUGUCCCACUGUUGCGUGAAAGGAUUUACUCGAACAACCAAUAUGCCCGCCAAUUCAUUAUCUCAUGGAUCCAUGUGUUGGAGUCGGUUCCCGAUAUCAACCUUUUGGACUAUUUGCCAGAAAUCCUAGACGGACUCUUUCAGAUCCUUGGAGACAGCAGCAAAGAGAUCCGGCGAAUGUGCGAGGUGGUUUUGGGGGAAUUCCUGAAAGAAAUUAAGAAGAAUCCAUCCAGUGUCAAGUUUGCAGAAAUGGCCAACAUCUUAGUUAUCCACUGUCAAGUGUCUGAUGAAUCAAAAUCCACUAAUGAUCUCAUCCAGUUGACGGCUAUGACAUGGAUGAGAGAAUUUAUCCAGCUUGCAGGAAGAGUAGUUUUGCCUUAUUCCUCUGGAAUACUGACAGCCGUGUUGCCCUGCCUUUCCUAUGAUGAUCGGAAAAAGAGUACAAAAGAGGUCGCCAGUGCAUGUAAUCAUAGCUUGAUGAAGCUUGUGACGCCUGAGGAUGAUGAAGAUGAUGAAGAAUCACAGACCAAAUCUUCCCCUCCUAGUGAUGAUGUGUCAUCUAAAAAAGAGGGAGAUCUAAAUGAUUCCCUGAAUGAGUCUCAGGAGUCUGGGGGCUUCAGCAACAUCUCUUUCUUCACACCAGCAAGUUCUGACAGGUCUGCAGUAACUCUGGAUUUGGAUGGCAUAGUUCAGGUACUGGACAGACAUUUGCACGAUUCGUCCACUGGGAUGAUGACUCGCAUUGCUGUGUUGAAGUGGCUUUACCAUCUUUACAUCAAGACCCCUCGCAAGAUGUUCAAGCACACAGAUAGUUUGUUCCCCAUGUUACUAAAGACUCUCUCAGAUGAGUCCGAUGAAGUGAUAUUAAAAGACUUGGAGGUUUUAGCCGAGAUUGCAUCAUCACCAGCUGGACAGACGGACCCCUCUGGAUCAUGUGACACCUCGGAUAGCAAAUCAGAGCUUCAUAUUCCAGAAGGGGUCAGAGAUCCGAUGGUGGUCGGUGCUAAGAUGGCAGACCUAUCUCCAUCGACCCCGAGCAUGAAUUCAUACUUCUACAAGUUCAUGAUUAAUUUGCUCAAACGCUUCAGUAUAGAAAGGAAACUUCUAGAAAUGAGGGGGGUCUUCAUUAUCAGGCAGUUAUGUCUCCUCCUCCAUGCGGAAAACAUAUUUCACUCCAUGGCGGACAUCUUGCUAAAGGAGGAAGACCUGAAGUUCGCUUCAACCAUGGUGCAGACACUUAACACUAUUCUGCUUACUUCUGCUGAACUUUUUCAGCUUAGGAACCAGCUCAAAGACCUGCACACACAGGAAAGCUGUGAGCUCUUUUGUUGCCUGUAUCGCUCUUGGUGUCACAAUCCGGUGGCCACUGUGUCCCUGUGCUUUCUCACGCAGAAUUAUCACCAUGCCUAUGACCUCAUCCAAAAAUUCGGAGAUCUUGAGGUGACUGUGGAUUUCCUCAUGGAGGUGGAUAAACUUGUGCAGUUAAUUGAAAGCCCCAUAUUCACCUACCUCCGUCUUCAGUUACUUGACGUAGAGCACAACCCCUAUCUGAUCAAAGCUCUGUAUGGACUGCUAAUGCUGCUUCCUCAGAGUCAGGCAUUUCAGCUGCUGUCGCAUCGGCUUAGCUGCGUGCCAAACCCUGAACUUAUGAGGACCGUAGAAGAUAAAAAGGUACCUGUCAAAGAGAAACGACCAGCUCAGCCUCAUAUAGACUACAGUGAUCUGCUCCAACACUUUGACCGAGUCCAAAGCAAACACUUGGAAGCGAGACAUCAGAGGACGGGCCGAUCUGAGCACCCUGACAGGAAGCUGAUGCUGUAAGGCUUGCAGGCACGAGAAAGCUACGUUGGCUUUGUCCACCGUACAGACAAAGAGAGCUGGUGCAUCUUAACAGGACCUGUAGUGGGCAUACAUAAAAUUGUUGAAUAUAUUCAAACUAGUAUAGGCAUGAGAGACUUUAUUGUGUCUUAUUUUUGAUACAUAAAGUGCUUUAUGUUCAGGUGCUGUGGAGCUGAUUUAGUUCAUGCGCUCACUUGAACACGAUUACAAAUUGUGUAUCGGAUGUUAUAUCAUUCCUAGUUGACUGAUUUAAUUUAAUCUAGUCUGGAUUAUUUGUACAGAACAUCUUGCAUGUGCCCCUAGAUGUUCAGUAGGAGCAUCUAAAUCUGCAUAAAACAUUUACUGUAAAAAGUCAGUUGGAUGAAUUUGUCUUUUUGUAUUGCAGUCUACUCAUUGAUUUUUUUUCAGCAUUCAUGUGUGUGCUUAUGUUUUUAGCAUUUUCAUCAGAAUUUGAUUUUCUACAUCAUCCUAAAUUUACCCUUGGCCUUACUGUGUAUGCAAACCUUGGUAAUUUCUCUGUAGUGUUGAGACAAAGUUAUAAUAAAGUGGACCAUGUAUAAUGUU